AUGUGGCUGAUUUCACCGCUUUCGGUUUGGGGAAAGUCUAGAUUUUAUGCUUUGAAAAGGAAAGCAAUAGAACUUCCUUCUUUCAUAUUUGAGCUGUCGCAGCAAGAAAACAAGCUGUGUGAAGAGGGAAAGUUUUCCGCUCUGUGGACCGUAGCUUGUCGCUUCCACAAGGAGCACAAGAUGCUAAGUAAAAAUACAAAUUUGGAAGAUUGCGGUGAAAUAUACGCACGUAUAGCCGAAAUAUCUCCAUUUUCGAGGUGUUUUGAGGAUUGGACAAAGCUCCAAAAGCUAAAUGAGUUGGAAAGUAAUCUCACAAGCUUGUUUUUGAAAAAUCAAGCUUUCAAUGACGACGCUGACGACCCCUCCUCGCCAUCCAAUGCCAUUCUGGAGAUCAGAGCAGGCACAGGUGGCACGGAAGCAUCUUUGUUUACUUUGGAGCUGUGGAUAAUGUACCAAAAAUAUGCCCAGCUGCAAGGCUGGACAUUCAAACCGCUUUCUAACUCGCAAGAGGAAUCUUCGACGGGCCUCCGCGAAGGCUGUGCCUCUGUUAUUGGCCCGGGUGCCUUUAACAAGCUAAAAUUUGAAGGGRGUGUGCAUCGUGUUCAAAGGGUCCCAGUUACCGACAGCUGUGGAAGGAUGCAUACAAGUACGGCAACUGUAGCCGUAUUCAACGGCUCUGAAGCCGGAUCUGAAGAACUAGUAACCUUUUUCGGUUUUUCUUAG